UCAAGGCGAUGGUGAAACUGAGUUCCCCUCUUCCCUUCCAAACACGGGCUGGACUGGACUUCGCCCUGUCUCGCUGUGUGUGCACGGCGACUCCGCUUCUUCAUUUCUCCCAUUUUACACGGUGACAUCAGCGAAGCUGGAGAGCCACGAAGGAGAACACUUCGAGGAUCAACCAAGCCACUCUGGUGGCGCCUCCUCGUAUCACCACCACCGCCACCACCACCAUCAUGACGACGGACCAUUCGAUGAUUACAAAGGCGGUUUCUCUGCCGACGCCCACCACAACCACCACUCUGACAACUAUUACUCUAAUCACAACCUCUCCAAUCACGACUACCACCACAACUCCAAUCACCAUUAUCACCAUCAGCAGAACUACGGGUCCAAUUACCGCCACCACAACUACCAGUUUGAGUCAAAUGACCACGGUUCUGAUCAGUCUGUGCCUCGCCCCGGACGGAAGCGAGGGUUUUUUCGCUCCGCUCAAGGAUCAUUUCCAGAUUAUGCUGAUGGAGGCUGUUUUGCGAAGCUGUAUGUUGCUUUUGUUCCAAGAACAGCAAUUGAAGAAGAUAUUCGCCCCUUAUUUGAAGAAUUUGGAAAUAUUGUUGAGGUUGUUUUAAUCAAGGAUAAGAGAACUGGCCAUCAACAAGGAUCUUGUUUUGUAAAAUAUACUACUAUAGAGGAAGCUGAAAGGGCCAUUAUAGCUUUAAACGAACGAUAUACUUUUCCUGGGGAAGUGACUCCAGUCAAAGUUAGAUUUGCUGAGGGGGAACGAGAACGCCUAGGCACCUCUCUCUCUCUCUCUCUCUCUACAGGCACACUUGAGCACAGAUUGUAUGUGGGUGGCUUUAACAAGCAAGCUUCAAGAAAUGACAUUGAGGAAAUAUUUUCUCCCUAUGGCUUUGUUGAAGAUGUCUACAUGGUGCGAGAUGAAAGGAAACAAAAUCGUGGAUAUGGAUUUAUAAAAUUUUCCCAUAGACAUAUGGCCUUGGCAGCAAUCAGAGCAUUACAUGGAGCCCACACAAUGAGAGGUUGUGAUCGGCCAUUAAUUGUUCGUUUUGCGGAUCCUAAGAAGCCCAGGAAUGCGGAAUCAAGGGAUACUUCUUCAUUUGGCCGGUCGAAUCUUGGUCCCCAUCCUCAAGAAUUAUUUGUUAGGUCAGCGCCUGAUUUUAGUGACUUAUCGGAUAGAAAUGUGCUGCCUAAUAUUUUUCAUCCACAAAUUUCCACAAGCUCACAAGCAGAAGCGGUUCCCCAAAGUCAAAACCAGCAGCCAGCUGCUCCUUCUGUCAUGCAAAAGCCAUUUCAUCUGCUAGAAAAGUCCCCUUCAGAGUUGCCUCAGGUGCCAUCUAAACAGUUGCAGUUUCUUCAGGAAAGCUCUCAGUCACAAGCUGUUCCUGAGAUGCAGACACAGUUGCAUCUGAUUCAACCAUCCACUGAAAGCUCUGAGCAGCAGCAGGACUCCCAGGUUACCAUGAAAAAACAGUCUCCACAGAUUGGAAGCAACUCUCAGGCAGUUUUUCGAGAUUCUACUCCAUCAGCAGUGGUUGCGUCUUCAACCACUGCUGUUGCUUCUGCAGUACUUGAAAAGGCUCUGACAGUGGAUCCUCCAGAUUGUGAUUGGAGUGAGCACAUAUGCCCUGACGGUUACAAAUACUACUAUAAUUGUGUAACUUGUGAAAGCAGGUGGGAGAAGCCUGAGGAGUUUGUCUUAUUUGAACAAAAAUUACAGAAACUGCAGCAUUUGCUAAAGCCUCCUAGUCAACAACUUGAAUCCCUGCCUCAUCCGCCGAGCCAUUUCAUUCCGCAAGUUUCUCGAACUCAGGAAUUUGUGCGAGGACCGGCCACAGCAACCCCAAUUAUUGAUCCAGCUUGUGUCCAUUAGGGGAAUAGGCAUUUGGCCUGGUAUUCCAGUAGAGUGUGAGAAGCUUAGGUUAGCAUUAAUUAAGCUCGGGUGGUGGAAAGUGGCCAGCAUUCCUCUCUUAACAAAAUUUCCCAGGUGGGGUUGUGUAAUGGAAAUGUUAGUUGCCUCUUCUCAUGCUGCUCCUUUUUGGUUUACUAUACAAUAAUUCUUAUUGUAAUGGGUCGGGAAAUUAGUAUACUAUUGUUAAUAAUAGGGUUAAUUUUAUGUUAAUAUUAAUUAAUUCCUUGUUUGUGGCAUA